AUGUCCAUAAGCAUUAGCAAAAGAUUCCCAGAGAACUACAUCCAUCUCUAUCCCUACCAUUUUCUCAUUAAUGAAAGUGACAAAUGCACAAAAAGAAUCCCUUUCUUGAUACUCUUAAUAGCAACCAAGUUUAGUGACCAUGAACAUAGACAAGCAAUCAGGAGGACAUGGGGGAACAAAAAGGUGGUUCCAGGAGUGGAGAUCAUCCGGUUGUUUAUGUUAGGGGUGAAUGAGAGGGUCCCAAACCAAGCCAUAUUGAGAGAAAGCUGGCGUUAUCAUGACAUCAUUCAACAGGAUUUUGUAGACACCUACAAAAACUUGACCCUUAAAACUCUAAUGGGCAUGAAAUGGGUUGCUACCUAUUGCUCUAAAGCUAGUUUUGUUAUGAAAACUGACAGUGAUAUGUUUGUGAAUACAGAAUAUUUGAUACAAAAAUUGCUAUGGAAUGUUAAACUUCCCAAGACAGACUACUUUACUGGCUCCAUCAUGACAGGGUAUCAACCACAUCGUGUCAAUACAAGCAAAUGGUACAUGCCAAAAGAAAUGUAUCCAGAAGAUGAAUACCCUAGUUUUUGCUCAGGAACUGGCUACGUUUUCUCCACAGAUGUCGCCACAAGGAUUCUUAGCAGGUCUCUAAAGGUGCCAUAUGUAUAUUUAGAAGACAUAUAUGUAGCAUUGUGUCUCAAAAAAGAAGGAAUAAGCUUGACACCUCCACCAAGAAAGGCAUUGUUUAACAUACACAGCAUUCCAUUUUCUCCAUGCACUUACCACAGUUUAAUCACCUCCCAUGAAAUUAGUCCAAGUAUUCUGCUAUUUUUCUGGAAAACGUUGCAAGACAAGAAGCAUGAAUGCCCUUGA